AUGUCUACUUGGGCUAUAGAUCCAGACUCUCGCAGAAAGCUUUUGAAACUGCAAAAGGAAGGAGCUAAUAAAAAAUGUUUUGAUUGUAAAGCUCACAACCCUCAAUGGGCGUCUCCAAAGUUUGGAAUCUUCAUAUGUUUGGAGUGUGCUGGGGUGCACAGGAGUUUAGGUGUCCACAUAUCAUUUGUUCGAAGUAUUACCAUGGAUCAGUUUAGGGAAGAUGAGCUGCUUAGAAUGGAGAAGGGUGGUAAUGAACGCUGUUUGCAAUACUUCACCGAAAAUGGACUCGAUGUAGGUUUGAAACCACAGACUAAAUUCGAUAACUACGUGGCUGAAGACUACAAAGAACUGCUGACAUCAGAAGUCGAGGGACGGCCGUUUGUCAAACCUGACCAUUCGGGACAGUCUCUUCCCUCCGUUGGAGCUGCUGAGAAAUCGUCACAACCGUUGGUCUCUUUGGACAGAGAGGUCUCUAACACUCCAUCUAGUAUCUCUUCAAGAAAAGAGGGUGCCGCUGAUAGCGGGUUUGCUCCUUCAAAGGAAAAAACUGAACAGUACUUUGAGCGUUUAGGUGCUAUCAACCAGCAAAGACCAGAGCAUUUACCUCCCUCACAAGGUGGAAAAUACGCUGGAUUUGGUAACACACCAGCUGAAACUAACCAAGCAAAGGGUGCUAAGAAAGGCUCAUUAGCCGAGUUCACCACGGAGUCAUUCCAGUCCGAUCCCUUGGGCACGUUUACGAGAGGUUGGGGGCUUUUCUCGUCUACUAUAUCCAAAUCUGUUCAAGAAGUCACGGAAACGGUAAUCAAACCAGGUAUUCAGGAUUUGCAGGAGUCGGAGUUCACCAACCAAGCCAAAAGAGCCAUGGCCCAGUUUGGACAAAAAGUUCAAGAAACUAAUCAGUAUGCUACGGAGAGGCUCAAUCAACUUCGUGAGAAUGGCGUUGCUGCUUCCAACAGCAAUAACCAAAACAGAAGCGGUGAGUAUACCAGAAUGUAUGAGGAUAGUAAGAAUUCCGGUAGAUAUCAAGACAAGCCAGGCCAGAAGGAUGACGACGAUGAAUGGGAUAACUUUUAG